AUGACUCCAUUUCGUUGAGAUUUCCAUUUUGCCUCCUUUUCUUGAGCUGUGGUUGGAUUUGCUGCUUUUGAGGUCAAUGUCGCGAGGAAUAAAACGUGAUUCCUUUGGGAAUCGAAACUUUAAUAACAGAGGAGGAGGUGGUGGCGGUGGUGGUGGAGGAAGGGUUGGUAACAUGGGAGGAAGUGGAGGAGGUAUGUCUGGCAAUAUGGGUGGUGGAAUGGGCGGAGGAGGAGGAGGAGGAGGAGGGGGUGGAGGUAGUGGUGGAAGCGGUGGAAUGAAUCCUUGGGAAGGAGGAAUGAUGCCUGGUAGAGGAAUUUUACCAACGCCUAAUAAUAAUUUGUCUUUAACAUCACCACAAGCACAGUUAGCGAUAGCUAGCAAUCUUCUUACAAAUUUGCUUCGCAGUCAGCAAGAAGUACAACCACAGCAAGUACCAUCACUUCUCAGCCUUGGAAAUAACUUUUCUGGACCUGGACCUAACUUUCCAAACCAACAGAAUUUUUCUUCAGGGCGUUUUAAUGAUCGUCCUGUUAGGUAUUCUAUGAAGAAUCAACGGCCACAACCAUAUAACAAGAUGGGCAAUCGCGCCCGUGAUGGCCCUGCUGGGCGACGUGGUCCAUCUGCACAACAAUCUCGUGCACCCCAGUCUGGCAGUCAGCGUAUGAAUGGAAACCAAACUCAACAUCACAACGAUAAAUCUUCUAAACCAAUUCCUGCCUCUAAACAAAAUCAGACUGCCAAAAAGGAACAGCAGGACGUUAAGACCUCUGAUAAUGAAAAAACAGAAGCACCUGCUGUAACAAGUGAAGAAAAUGAAGAACCCGAAGACAAGAAAGCUGAUUGGAAGGAAUCAAGUAAGGAUAACGAAGAUGUUCAAGUUGUUGAUACUGAGGAAACAGGAGAAAAGUCUCAAGAUGAUUCAGAACAAAAGUCAGACAAACCUGCAACAGAUGAAUCAACAUCAAAGGAAGCAAAUUCAUCUACAUCUGAAAAGGAUUCAAAAAUGGCUGGCAUGAAGUCAAAAGCUAGACACGCUGAAAGUCGUUAUGCAGAUGUUCCAAUGAAUCAUAUGUUCUGUCAUAUUUGUAAUAAGCAUAUGUGGGAUGGAUAUUCAUUCGAAAAUCAUUUACGAGGACGAGCCCACCAGUUAAUGAUGGAAAAGUUAGAUGAAUUGUAUAAAUUAAAAGUUGAUCUAAUGCGGCAUGAAUUAAGAGUAGGUGAAGAGCAACGUGAACUUAGUUUAACCAAUUCGAAACGUCGUGGAAAAAAGGUUUCUGUGGAUCUUAACGUACGUGAAUAUUGUACAAUGUGCGACUUAAAUUUCUAUGGCACAUUAUCUACGCAUAGAAAAAGUGAAAAACAUCAGCAACUAAAAACAUUUUUGCAUCCAAGAUGUUUCCCAUGUUUAAAAGAAUUCCCAUCGCGCAUUGAAUACGAUGAACAUUGUUUAACUCCUGGACACAUGAAAAAAGCUGUACAGUGUGAAGAACAGCGAAAAAAUAAAAAGAAAGAAAAACUUGCAAAGGGAGAAUCUGAAGUACGUACUGCCGAAGACGAAGAAAAAGAUGCUGGUCCCGAUAACAAAAAUGAAAAGGAAGAAGAUAUUACAGAAGAACAAGAGUAUAUUACAGAUAUCGUUGAGAAUCUAAAUGAAAAGAAAUUUAAAAUUCCAUCUUAUAAAUAUUGUCGUCAAAAUCAGAUUUCCAUUGGAAAAUCUAUGGUGAAAGAAGUUCAAGGAUUCUAUUGUGAAAAAUGCAGAAGAUUCAUGUUUUUGGUUGAAGAUAUGAAUGCUCAUUUACGUAGUAUCACACAUUACCGAAAUUUUGUACAAGAAGUAAAAACUUUAACUUCAAGUGUGGAGACUGCAGAACAAAAAUCAUCAGAGAAACCUGAGUCUGGCGAAGAUGCUCAAGAAAAUGAUAAAGAAUACGAUGGAAAUGCAAAGCGUCGUAAAAUAGCUCACUCUGAUGAUGAGAAUGACGUCGAAAUAAAGGAGGUGGAAGAAAACAAUAUUGAAAAUGCAAAUGCUCAGAAGAAAGCUGAUGGGGAUGAAAAGUAUGAUCCACUUGAAGCUGAUGCAGAAUCUGAAGAAGAAGAAACACAUGAAACAGAAAAUAGUAGUGAACAGUCUUCGCAAAAUGCUGCUAAUACUCAAGAAAAGAAAAUGCUAGUUGACAAGACGUGGGCUGAUAUAGAUAAUGAUAAUGAGGCGGAAAUAGGUAAUUUAAUCGACGAUGGAGAUGAAAAAGAACACGUUGAGCCUGAAAAAACCGUGCAAAAAUUAGAAAGAGAUCAAAGUCCGCAAAUAAAACCAUCGCGUGGUCGAGGUUUUUCACGUGGACGCGGCAGCCCUCGAGCACGAAGAGCUCGACGAUAAAGUGAUCCCUAUUCCAAAAUUCGAGUA